CACACCCCCACAAGAUGCAGCCAUUCGUCUACAACGCGCUCCCAGCUCGGGUCAUCUUUGGAUGGGGAACGUCGAGCAAGGUGGCCGACGAGGUCAAGCGGCUCGGAUGUAGUCGCGCUCUCGUUCUCACGACCCCACAGCAAGCCCCAUCGGGCGAGAAGGUCGUGGCCAGCCUCGGCGAUCUCGCCGUCGGACUGUACACGAAUGCGACGAUGCACACGCCCGUCGAGGUCACUCGAGAUGCGCUGAAGAAGGCGCAGGAGCUGCAGGCGGACGUAUGCAUCGCAGUCGGUGGCGGCUCGACCAUCGGACUCGGAAAGGCACUGGCCCUUCACUCCCCUGACUCUGCCAAGCUCAAGCAGAUUGUGAUUCCCACCACCUACGCUGGAUCCGAGGCCACUCCCAUCAUCGGCCAGACGGAGGCUGAUGUGAACGGCAAGCCACUCAAGACGACGCAGAAGACUCUCAAGGUUCUGCCCGAUGUUAUCCUCUACGACAUCGAACUUACUCUCACCCUGCCAGCGCAGAUGACGAUCACUUCUGGCUUGAACGCAAUCGCGCAUGCCGUUGAGGCACUCUGGGCGCCCGAGGCGAACCCAAUCACCUCGAGCCUAGCGGUGCAGGGAAUCGAGGCCAUCGGUAAGAGCUUGCCAUUGAUCAAGAAGGAUGCAAACGAUCGAGACGGCAGGAGCAACGCGCUCUUUGGCGCGUGGGCUUGUGGAACGUGCCUGGGAGCCGUGGGAAUGAGUCUCCAUCACAAGUUGUGCCACACCCUCGGAGGCUCGUUUGGAAUGCCCCACGCCGAGACACACACCGUCAUCCUGCCGCAUGCUGUCGCCUACAAUACUCCCUUUGCCGAGGAAGCGGUGGACAAGAUCGGCCGCGCGCUCGGCCUUGCUGAGGGCGUGUCGACAGCGCAAGGCCUCUUUGACCUCGCAAAGGACAACGGUGCGCCGUACAGCUUGAAAGAGCUUGGGUUCAGAGAGGAGGACCUGGAAAGGGCAGCCGAGAUUGCUGCCAAGGCUCCCUACCCCAAUCCUGCUCCGCUGGAGAAGGCAAAGCUGCUCCAGCUCCUGCGCAAUGCCUACAACGGGACUCGGCCCGAGUAGCCUGCUUCCUUGCACUCUCCAUGUAUGCCUUCUGAAUGCACAGCGUAACUUGUCGCCG